ACAUGGCUAUUCGCUAUCCCAUGGCUGUUGGCCUUAACAAAGGUCAUCCAGUCAAAAAUGUAACUGCUCCCAAACACAGCCGCCGGCGCGGGCGUCUGACCAAACAUAGCAAAUUUGUUCGGGACAUGAUUCGUGAAGUAUGUGGUUUUGCUCCAUAUGAGAGGCGUGCAAUGGAGCUGCUGAAGGUGUCCAAGGACAAGAGAGCCCUCAAGUUUAUAAAGAAGAGGAUUGGCACUCACAUUCGGGCCAAGAGAAAGAGAGAGGAGCUCAGCAACGUACUGGCUGCUAUGAGAAAGGCUGCCGCCAAGAAGGACUAAACAGUCACUUAAUAAACAUUUGUUAAACUACAAA